AUUGAACCAAACUCUUAGUAAACAAGUAGAGACUUUUGCGGUCAAUAAUUUUACAAAUUAUAAUAUAGGAAUUCAUUUAAGGGAGAAAAAGAAAACACAUGGAUUAAAAACACCUGUAGAACAUUUCAGUGAAGCAGUGAAAUUGUUGAUGUUUGGAAUGAAAAACAUGAAUAUAACUAUCUUUGUGGCUGCAGAUAGUAAUAAUGAAGAAAGUGCUCUUAUCGAUAUGAAAUUGCUUAGUUUAUGUGAUGACUUGGUGAUUACAUAUGGUUCAUCAUUCGGUUUCGUUUCAUCAGCAUGGUCACUAAAAGCGUCUCGUCCAAGAGGUCCAUUUGUUAUAAUGCCAAUUAAAAAUUCGAGUGAAGAUUUCUAUGAUGCAGUUAAGGUUUGGGUGUGGGGCGCUACAUCAAUGUCAUUGGCCGUUAUAGAUAAUAUAUACGUGUUAAAAUUUUCCGCUGUAAACAGACAGUCACGUGCCGCGCGACGUCAUUUCGACCGAAGGAUGGAAUGGCCCUUAAGAUCAAAAAGAAGUUUUGGCCAAUAG